AUGUCAACUAUAGUAUUAUAUCCAAGAAGCUUACCAGAAUUAAUUACCACUACUACCCAAACUACACAAUCUUCCAAGGAUAGUUCUACGAAAACUACAGCAACCACGUCAGCGUCUAAUUCUGUGACCACUUCUGCCUCCCAAAAUGCUAGUUUAUAUUCCUCACAAUCGUCAUCGUCCAUAACACCAACGAUAACACCUCCUUCUGCUAGCCGAAAUCCACACGUUAUGCAACUGUCGCAUAUGUCACAAGGUACUCUCUAUAUCGCCGUUGGUACGGUCAUUGGUUUUAUAAUGUUGGCUUCAAUUAUUGGAUGGUUAUUUACAGGAUGGCUAUCCCGUAGACAUAAAUUGCUUUAUGCAGAACAGAAUUACUACGAUUAUAUUAACGGCAAUGGAAACAAUUCACCGAAUUUGAGCUAUUCUUCAAGUAAUGAAGAUUUCGACAAUGAAAAACUUUUGAAUGAGAAAAUGGAGGCACAUAGUGGUAACAAUGCAGACUCCACGAUAGAAAAUUGUAAGGAAAUGAGGAAUACUGAUGUAAUAAAAAGUACUGAUACUUUGCAUCUCAAAAAUAGUAGAAACUCGAUGUUUAUUUCGCCAACAGUUUAUAUAAUGAGUGAACAUAGUAGGAAACUAUCAAAGGGAACAUGCAGUGAUAGACAAAGUAAAGCACUAUCGACCUGUUCCAUACAAAGCUUCCAAGAUAUUAUGCAACUACAAAGACCAGAACAACCAAUGCUGAUUGAAAAACCAAAAAGGGCGUCCAGGCUAAGAUUUAGUGUAAGCUCAGAUGACGGAUAUGUGGACUCUACAAAAAUCAAUUCUUCAUUAAUGCCAUCAGCAUCCAAUCUGAAUGUUCAAAGAGAUAUUACUAAGAAAGCCAAAAGAAAAUCAACGCCAUCCAUGUAUUUAGAUGAUCUUCUUGAAAGCAGCCUGUGA